AUGUCGCCGGCGAAGUCCCCCCCGCGGCGUCCAUCCCCUGACCCCAGACAACGAUCGUCGCUCGACGGGAUUGUCGGCCGAACGUUCAGCAGCCAUUCACACCAGACGGAGCGUGUAGCCUUGGAGUUUCGCAUCCACCGACCGUUCGAGCCCGCCGGCGAUCAGCCGCAGGCCAUCGAAACCCUGACCGAAGGACUACGUCAGGGGCGAAAGCAGCAGUGCCUGAUGGGCGUCACCGGCUCCGGUAAGACGUUCACCAUGGCCAACAUCAUCCAGAACCUGCAACGGCCGGCGCUGGUGAUGUCGCACAAUAAAACGUUGGCGGCCCAACUCUAUGGCGAGUUUCGCGAGUUCUUCCCUGACAACGCCGUUUGUUACUUUGUCAGCUACUACGACUACUACCAGCCAGAGGCCUACAUCCCCCAGCGGGAUAUCUACAUCGAGAAAGAUGCCUCGAUCAACGAAGAGAUUGACCGCCUGAGGCUCGCGACCACCAGCGCGUUGGUAAGCCGCCGCGACGUGAUCAUCGUGGCCAGCGUUUCCUGCAUCUACGGCUUAGGCUCGCCAGACGACUAUCGUUCGAUGAUGGUCUCACUUAAGGUUGGCGGCACCAUCGAUCGCGACGAAGUCCUGCGAAAGCUAGUCGAUAUCCAAUACCAGCGAAACGACGUCGACUUCUCCCGCGGCAAGUUCCGUGUUCGCGGCGAUUGCGUCGAAGUAUGGCCCUCGUACGAGGAGUUCGCACUUCGCAUCGAGUUGUGGGGUGACGAGAUCGAACAACUCUCGCUCAUCAAUCCCACCACCGGCGAGGUGAUCCGGAACUCGGAGGAACUGUACAUCUACCCGGCCAAACAUUUCGUCAUGCCCGAGGAUCGCAUCGCGGCCGCCGUGGCAAGCAUUCGCGAAGAACUCGAGGAACAACUCGAGUAUUUCAAAGAGCACGGCAAGAUGCUCGAAGCCCAGCGACUGGCCGCGCGAACACGUUUCGAUAUCGAAAUGUUGGAAGAGGUCGGCUACUGCCCCGGCAUCGAAAACUACAGCCGCCCGCUCAGUGGACGCCCGGUCGGCUCCACUCCCGAUACACUCUACAAUUUCUUCCCCGACGAUUACCUUCUCUUCGUUGACGAAUCGCACGUUUCCAUUCCGCAAAUCGGCGGCAUGUACGCCGGCGACUACAGUCGCAAGAAAACCCUUGUCGAACACGGUUUCCGGCUACCAUGUGCGCUCGACAAUCGCCCACUCAAAUUCGAAGAGUGGGAGAAGAGGGUCAACCAAGUGAUCUACGUUUCGGCCACGCCGGGGCCCUAUGAAUUGGACGCCACCGGGGGUGAGGUGGUCGAACAAGUGAUUCGACCCACGGGCCUGCUCGACCCGGUGAUCGAGAUCAGCCCAGCCCGAGGGCAAGUGCCGCAUCUCUUGGAAGAAAUCCGCAAGCGAUCGGCCGUCGGCGAACGUGUGCUGGUCACUACGCUCACAAAACGAUUGGCCGAAGACUUGUCCUUCUACCUCAACGAACAAGGCGUAACCUGCAAGUGGCUGCACAGCGAACUGGACGCCUUCGAACGAGUUGAACUCUUGCAGCAACUGCGAGAAGGACAGUUCGAGGCUCUCGUAGGCGUGAACCUGCUCCGCGAAGGACUCGACUUGCCGGAAGUCUCGCUGGUGGCGAUUCUAGAUGCCGACAAGGAAGGCUUUCUCCGCAGCGAAACUUCACUGAUGCAGACCAUCGGCCGUGCGGCGCGACACGUCAACGCGAAGGUGAUUCUGUACGGCGACAAGGUAACUAAGUCGAUGCAAAGGGCCAUCGACGAAACCGCCCGACGUCGCGAACUCCAGAAGGAGUACAACCAAGAGCACGGCAUCACGCCCGAGACCAUCCGCAAAAGUAUCCGCGCGGGCAUCCAGUCGGAGGCGGCCGCCCACGCCAGCGCAAACGCGGCGGUGGGGCGCACCGACGAAACUCAAUACGUCACCGAAGAGUAUCUCUCGGAACUCGAAGCCGAGAUGCUGGCUGCCGCCGACGCGCUGGAAUUCGAACGGGCCGCCGCCCUCCGCGACCGCAUCGAGCAGAUGAAAGAUUCAAUCGGCAAAGCCGUUCACGAAGUCAAAGCCGAGAGCGCCGCCGGUAAUCGCAAACCCCGCGGUCGCCGCCGUAAAGGCGGAACUCGGGUCCCCAGACCGAAGAAGGGGCACCUCACGCAUACCUUCCAUGAAGGCCAUCCCGAACUUACGAAAGUGCCAGCCAAUGAAAAUAAGGCUGCCCGGGAUGAAGACGGCAAGGAAGAAGAAUAA